CAACUCAACCCUCCUGGCGUUCGCUAUCUCGAGAACAAUCUCCACGCGCCUCCUUCCUUCUGCGAAGGGCCAUUAGCGCCACUUUCCGAUUUCUUUAACAGGAUCGUCUGACCGACUUCAAACUCGACCCCCCUCGAUCCCCCCUACCCCCGUCAUGGCCACCGAAGACGCCCGAUACCGAUUGUCGAGCCAGUACCGGCUCUGGUCCUUCUCCCCCGCCAAGCUGAGGGACCUCCGGGAGAAGACGAACGCGCUGGUAAGACCACACAUCACGGCACGGCUGGCCGAGCUCAAACCGACGGAGCCGGCGCCCGAGUUCCUCACGGCCGAGGAGGAGACGGUCCUCCUUCGCUUCUUCACCACCGAGCUCAUCCGGGCCGCCAUCCACUGCGACCUGCCGACCGAGAUACGCGCCACGGCGGCCGUGUUCCUGAAGCGAUUCUACGUGACCAAUUCGCUCAUGACGUACCCGCCCAUGGACCUGAUCAAGACGUGCCUCUUCUUUGGGGGCAAGGCGGAGGGGUACUUUGCCAAGUUGUCCAAACUGGCAGAGAAGCUUUCGGAUACCACAGAGGAGAAAAUACUAGCCGGGGAGUUCCUCCUUUGCCAGGGGAUUCGCUUUGCUUUCGACGUUCGGCAUCCGUUUCGCGGGUUGGAAGGUGCAAUAUUGGAGUUGAGGCGACAGGAAGAUAUUGAUAAACCGCGAAUCGACGCAGCACACCAACAAGCCCGCGAGAUCCUCAAAGUCAGCCCUCUUCUUACCGACGCAUACUUCCACUACGCGCCGAGCCAGAUCAUGCUGGCGGCCUUGUCGCUGGCCGACCGGGGGUUGGCAGAGAGGAUAAUCAACAGCGCGUUCGCGCCGACACGGAGGGAGGAGGCGGGGAGGAACGCGGACGCGACCGCAACAGAGAUGAUGCAUCCCACGUCGAGCGAAAUCAAGGAGAAGGUCACGGCGGCGAUCGAGGCGUGUAGAGAUAUGCUCGCGACGGAACCGCCAGAGAGGAUGGAGACGUACUGGGGCAAGGCCGAGUCCCUGAAGCUCAUCCGCCCACUCCUGAAGAAGCUCAGGAGGUGCCGAGACCCUGAUAAGGCAGACUUGGUGGAGCUCCAGAGGGCACGGCGGGAAUGGGCGGCCAACGCGUCCAAGGAGAAGGAGGCUGGGCAAGAUCGGAAGAAGACCAACGCCGGGUUGGCGCUAGGCGAGCCUAUCGGACCAAACGAGCCCAAGAGGAGAAAGGUGACUGGCCCGUCGGCGGCGGAUGACGUUUUUGGGGGGGCGCUGGGGCAGUGAGGAGAGGAAAGGGGAGAGAUAGAGAGGAGCGCACCCAGUUCUGCGCAGGAUAAGAGCGAGCUGUGUUACUCCAUGUCGAACACGUUUAGGAAGGAAAGGGACAAAACAGACAACUAUCACGGCGCCCGGGAUACAGAUUUAUGUUGGUUGGUUUAGAUAGUCUCACUAUGAUGAUACCCCUUUUCCCUUUUCCCUUUUCCCUUUUCCCUUUUCCCUUUUCCCUUUUCCCUUUUCCUGACCUCGGUCGGACUGGAUCGAUGCUUUGUGCUUUGUUGGGUAUUGGGCAAACCAGCUCCCUCUCAAUCAACUCCAAGGUCGGCCUGUCUUGGCAAGUCCAACAUAUCGAAGUGACGGGACAUUGAUGCGAAUGGACGUUGAGGUCCAUGAAGUAUUCAGUCUGUCACUCCCAUCGCGGAGAGAGAAGCGAGACCUGCACGGGCUUCGAGGAAAAAGUUCUUCAUUUCAGUUCGUGGAUGGGAUAUAUAUAAUCU